AUGCGUGGCUGGCUGCAAGCUGCGCUGCUUGCGGUUUCGACAACCGCUGGUAUUGCGUUGGCGAACGAAUAUCCUAUGACAUCUGAUGGCGAUCAGCAACAAUGUUCCGGAAUGUACAACAAAAAGGCUUGGGGCGGGAACCUCGAUCCCGCAAUAACAGUCAAAUUCAGCCCACAUCACGACGACGACCAUGUGGUAUCCUUGAUUAUCUUUGAAUUUAGAGACGAAGGCUUUCUAGGGAGAUAUCCAAGUGAGGAUUCUUUUGAUAAAAAAUACAUUUGCAACGACGAAAAUGUAAAGGCAGACCUUUGUAAUUCCACUGAUAUCGGUAAAUUUAUCCUCGAAGCGGGCACAAACAAGAGCUCUACUGGCAGCAUCUACAAUACUGCGAUCAACUUGAAAAAGGUUGAGCCGAUUUAUUACCCUAUUAAGAGGACCGGUUAUUACUGUGUUUGGGCAAACCCGUAUUAUCCCGUGGAUGUUCAGUAUGAUGCGGUUGUUACGUUCCAGAAUUCGUAUGGUGAAUUGCCAGCAGCUCAGAUCGCCAAACUCCCGUUCUACGGUGGAUUAACGAUUGUCUAUGCGGUCAUUGGGGCUCUAUGGGGGUUUUUGUAUUUUCAACAUAGACAGGAUAUCCUUCCGGUGCAAAAUUACAUUACGGCAAUUGUCAUUUUCCUAAUAGUGGAAAUGCUCAUCACAUGGGCUUUUUACGAUUAUAUGAAUGUUCACGGCUCCAAUACUGCCUCAAAGGUCUUGAUGAUCAUUGUCGCCGUUCUUAAUGCUGCCCGUAAUUCGUUCUCAUUCUUCCUGUUGCUCAUUGUUUGUAUGGGUUAUGGCGUUGUUAAGCCUUCUCUCGGACCCCUCAUGAAAUAUGUCCGCAUCCUCGCUCUCUUGCAUUUCCUUUUUGGAGUUGUCUAUGCCGUUGCUUCCCUUACAAUCACCCCCGAUUCCGCCGGUCCUCUCGUGAUGCUCGUCAUCUUGCCUCUUGCGGCAUCAUUAACCGCAUUUUAUAUCUGGACUCUCAAUUCUUUGAAGCUUACAAUGAAAGAACUUCUCGAGCGAAAACAAAACGUAAAGCUCCUCAUGUACAAGCGCCUCUGGUGGGUUCUACUAAGCAGUAUCGUUGUAAUCUUCGGGUUUUUCUUUUUGAACAGUCUUACGUUUGCUGGGCACGGAAGCCCUGAUUUCAUCCCAAGUCAUUGGAAGACCCGCUGGUUUGUAUUGGAUGGGUGGUUGAAUUUGGUAUAUCUUGUCGAUAUCAGUGUCAUUGCCUAUUUGUGGCGUCCUACUGCCAACAAUCGCCGUUUCGCCAUGUCCGAAGAGCUCGCGCAGGAUGAUGACGGUUUCGAGAUUGCCUCAUUAGCUGAUUCCGAAGAUGAGAGGGAUGAGGAGCAAGGUCGAGUAAGGAACAACACAACCGGGAAUGGGGCCACAGCUCCAGAUGCUGGGAGGACCCAAGGUCUUGCACCCACAGCGCAGCCGCAGCACGGGAGAAGGAGUAUGGAUAGGGGGCGUGAUAGUGUGGAAGAGACAAUGUUCAGCGUAGGGGGUGAAAUGGACGAUGAGUGGAGUGAUGACGACGACGACGGCAAAAGGCUCACUGGCCGAAAGGCGGAUUAG